CAGCAAUGCAUCAGACAGCUCAGAGAUUUUCCGGUAGCAUCUUCAAAGAAGUUAAAUCAAACCCAAAAAUGGCAGCAAAGUUCAUCCUUUUCUGUGCCCUGGCUGCCGCGGCCAGUUCCGCCUUGAUUCCCGUGAGUCGUCAAAGCCAACAACAGCACCAUCAACAGCUGCAGCAACACUCCCGACACCAGCAGUAUCGAUCCGAGCCCCAGGAUGAUGACGGAGCCCAGGACCCCGACUACACCUUCUCGUACUCGGUUCUGGACAGUUGGUCCGGUGAUGUGAAGAGCCAGCAGGAGAGUCGCCAGGGUGACCAGGUGCGCGGUCAGUACCGGAUGCUCGAGUCGGACGGAACCGAGCGGAUCGUGGACUACAGCGCCGACGACCGAAACGGAUUCAACGCCAUCGUUCGUCACCAACCGCAGACGGCCGUCGUAGGGCGGGUCAUCCCCGUAGCCCAUGCCAUCCGGGCGAUUCCGAUUGCCUCGGCUGCUGACCGCGUGGCCCCACUUUACGCCACCUCGAACUCGCGCAUGGUCAAGUACUACGACACCCCGCUGAUCAUCGCCAAUCGAAUUCGUCACAAUUGAGGGGGGAAUAAAUGAGGUGGAUUUGUCGAAUGCUGACCAUGGCUUGUGAAGACUGACUGUGAAGUGUUUAACGAUAAUUGACAACUGCGUGUGUUCUGUAGGUUUAAGUCGCUAAUAAAAACUGCCCCAUGAGCGUUGAACUUGAACCUGGCAA